GGAAGCCCGUGAUAUCUUAUAAUUUGAGGAAGGUUUCGCAUUGAUUUAAAACUCGUGUUGAUUUGUCUGAUCUACAAUCUAUUCGAUCAAGAUUGGGAAAUCUUCUCUGCUCUUGGAUUAAGUAAGAAAUAGUAUAAACAGUGCCUUGGUUUGUUUAUUAAAGGUUUUUCGCUGAGAGUAUAUACUUACUGAGAAAGAGGGUUGAGAACAAAGUCCAAAAUGGCUGAUGCCAAAUCAUGCAAUUCAUCGCAGCUAAAAGAAAACACAGAAAAACCAAAACUCUGCCCAACAGUUGCGAUGUAUGGCCCAUAUUCAUUGGAAAAUCUGGAACCUGGAAAAAUAAAGAAGUGGUGUACAUGCGGACUGAGCAAGAAACAGCCCUGGUGUGAUGGAACACAUAAAGGGACAGGGUUUAAAUCCCUCAAAUGGAAAGUUCCAGACGAGCCCCAGAAAUUAUAUUCCAUAUGUGGCUGUAAGCACACAAGCUCUCCCCCAUUCUGUGAUGGUUCUCAUAUAGAGCUUCCCAGUGAGUUCAAUGCACGGCAGAAGGCUUGUCAGCAGAUGCACAGUGAGGGUAUCAAGCUAUGCACUGGAUGCGGAUGGGUCCCACAGUGGUGAUGUAGAACAGAUAAUUUGCAGUAAAAACUCUUUACUGUUGAAUCCAUUGUAUCGCGAUGCCACAUUUUCAAAACAUCAAUUUGUUUUUUAAUUUUGUGAUUUUCUGUUCCUAAGCCAAUCAGAUUCUUGCCAUCUCUCACCUAGUGCAGUUGCGACUUUCUGUUGCGACACUAUAUGGUUUUCGUCCAGAUGAUAGCCAGGGAAGUGCACAAAGCCAGAGUCUGAUUGGCUCAGAAUGGUUUUAUUGAUGGAACAGAAAACCAAAACAAAUUGUGUUUUGAAAAAGGGUUGCGAUACAACAGAUUCGACAGUAAGCCCCUCAGCAUAUUUUUUUCUUUCGCUCAAAGAGAUGGGAGGGGGAGUAGGUGGCUUAUAAAGAGACACAUUUUAUAAGCUUAUACCACACAUAUUUCUGAUAACUAUUAUUCAAUAUCUUCUUUACUAAUUUCAUACUCCUAAGGCCUAGCUAUUAAAAUAGAGAGGGGUGUAUUAAAAUUUCCAGAAAUUGAAAUUUUACUGUAUAUGCUAAUGAAUAUUGUACCAUAUACAAUCCAUCAGAUCAAACUUGUUUUUCUAUAAGUUUUAUUAGCAAAUUAGUAUAAUACUCAAAAAUACAUUUUCUUACAAAGAUAUUUUCCAUGGCAUCACUGUGAUGUAAAAAUUAUCUUGAAUUUGGGUUAUGAUCACACUCAUGUGUUGGCAUGAGCUACAGUAAAUUGUAUUAAACAAAUUAUCAAAUAAUAAAGACAUGUGAAAUGGCAAA